AUGUGCGAUGGCAUGUGCGCGAGCGGAAGAGGGGCAGAUGUAGCUGUCCAAUCCGCGGUUACCGAUAAGACUCCCAGUGUGACCCGGCACCGUUUUCCCAUCAACGACAUAAAGGCCGACGACCAAAUAUUCGCAACGAUGCCAUCGCCGGCCUACACAGCCAAAGAAAAAGAAUGGCUCAAGCGCCACUGGGACGGCGAAUUCAAGUUCCUCGCCGCGUAUGGGCUAAGCAUCUACGACGAGGACGACCGCGAAGAGGGCCGAGCGAUUGCUAGGGCCAUGAUUGCGCAGGAUGAGGCCUGA